CUUUGCUUGAAUCUUGCGGAACUUGUCAUCUGAUCUGCUCCAACGAUGGCUCUUCAUCAGCAUAUAUCAUUUCUCUUUCUGCUUUCAUUUGUCACUUUGUUAACGAUGAAUGGAAACACAAUGCAGGGUGAGGCGCGACACCUUAUGGAGAUAACCUUGCCUGAGUUUCAAAAGCCUGAAUUGCCGCCGCUUCCUCAUGUUCCAACACUACCAAAACCUGAGCUGCCACCAUUGCCCGAGCUUCCUAAGCCUGAAUUGCCUCAAGUCCCGACUUUGCCAAAGCCUGAGUUUCCGACUCUGCCAAAGCCAGAAGUCCCAAAACUGCCUGAAAUCCCGGCUUUAACCCAUCUUGCUGGCCUGCCUAAGCCCACAAUCCCAACCAUUCCAACCCUGCCAAAGGACUUGCACAUUCCUUUCUUGAGGCACUUCUCAUCUGCUCCAACAAUGGCUCUUCAACAUCUAUCCUUUCUCUUUAUGCUGUCAUUUGUCACUUUGUUCUCGAUGAAUGGCAACACAAUGCAGGGUGAGGCGCGACACCUUUUGGAGGUAACCUUGCCAGAGCUUCCUAAGCCUGAAUUGCCAUCGAUUCCUCUUGUUCCAACGCUACCAAAACCUGAGCUGCCACCAAUAUUGCCUGAGCUUCCUAAGCCUGAAUUGCCAAAGCCUGAGCUACCACCAAUAUUGCCUGAGCUUCCUAAGCCUGAAUUGCCAAAGCCUGAGCUACCACCAUUGCCUCAUGUCCCGACUUUGCCAGAGCCUGUGUUGCCGACUCUACCAAAGCCAGAAGUCCCAAAACUUCCUGAAAUCCCGGCUUUACCCCAUCUUCCUGACCUUCCUAAGUCCACAAUCCCAACCAUUCCAACCCUGCCCAAGGACUUGCACUUCCCUUAAUUUCCUCUCCCCACCUCACUCAACCACUACUCCUUGAAUCGUGUUGCUUUUCAUAUAUGAUACGAGAUUGUUAUUCCAUUUCAUAGUAUGUAUGAGAUGAGCAAAUACUUGUUCUCUUAGUUUCUUCCAGCUAGGGUACAUGGUUCAUCUACUUAUUAUGUUUGU